AUGUAUUUUCACCUUUCUUUCUUUCUUUCUUUCUUUCUUUAUACAUGUAUUUUUACCUUUCUUUUUUUCUUCUUUUUAUACAUGUAUUUUCACCUUUCUUUCUUUAUACAUGUAUUUUCACCUUUCUUUCUUUAUACAUGUAUUUUCACCUUUCUUUCUUUAUACAUGUAUUGUCACCUUUUUCUUUAUACAUGUAUUUUUACCUUUCUUCUUUCUUCUUUUAUACAUGUAUUUUCACCAUUCUUUUUUUUCUUUCUUUCUUUAUACCUGUAUUUUCACCUUUCUUUCUUCCUUUCUUUAUACCUGUGUUUUCACCUUUCUUUCUUCCUUUCUUUAUACCUGUGUUUUCACCUUUCUUUCUUUCCUUUCUUUAUACCUGUGUUUUCACCUUUCUUUCUUCCUUUCUUUAUACCUGUGUUUUCACCUUUCUUUCUUCCUUUCUUUAUACCUGUGUUUUCACCUUUCUUUCUUCCUUUCUUUAUACCUGUGUUUUCACCUUUCUUUCUUCCUUUCUUUAUACCUGUGUUUUCACCUUUUUUCUUCCUUUCUUUAUACCUGUGUUUUCCCUUUCUUUCUUUCCUUUCUUUAUACCUGUGUUUUCACCUUUCUUUCUUCCUUUCUUUAUACCUGUGUUUUCACCUUUCUUUCUUUAUACUUGUAUUUUCACUUUUCUUUAUUUCUUUCUUUCCUCACUCCUCUCAGAUUUCCAAAUUUACUUUUUUCUUAUCUCUUUCUUUCCUAAAUUCACUGUGUCUUUUCUUCUUCUGCCAAGUUGUUGAUAACCAACUCAUCUACCAAUUGCUUGGAGCCAUUUGA